AUUUGCUGAUCAAAAGCAGCUGUGACCAUACUAUAUCGCCAGAUUGGAAUUGAUCACAGCCAGAGUCAAGUUUAGGUGUCGAGGAAGACUACAGCCAAUAAGAAACUGAAGAGCAAUAUGAAGUCUCCAGUGGUGUUUGUCCUGAUCCUGGCCGCGACAACCUUCGCAGCAGCUGCAAGUAUUCCGCUGAUUUAUGCCUCUGUGAACCCGGUACCAGUGGGAAACAAUGUCACACUUUUCAGCCAGUUCCCUGUUACCACAGGGGCAUGGAUGUUCAACAAUGAAAUCAUUGUGAUGAUAUUCCCGGGAGGUCAGGUCAUAACUAACACUUGGAGUAACAGGGUUACAUUCAAUUCAACCACUUCAUCAUUGACUAUAAUGUCACUACAGCUGGAAGACUCUGGAGUGUACACAUUACAGUCACUGAAUGUUUUUGUUGCUCAGUUAACACUGUCAGUGCAAGUGCCUAUUUCAAAUGUGACUCUGAGGGCAAAUGCAACCAACCUGGUGGAGUUCAAUAACACAGCAGUUCUCAUGUGCUCUGUGCUCUACGGCUCAUCCCUGUCUUAUGUUUGGCUAAACGGCAGCUCUGUGGUUACAACCGGUGGUAUGGCACAGCUCAGCAAUGGAGGCACCACUCUCACAAUAGUCAGUGUGACCCGCUAUGAUCAGGGGCCGUUCAUGUGCAAUGUGUCCAAUGGUGUGAGCCAAGCAGUCAGUCUCCCUGUACUUCUGAACAUCAGCUAUGGUCCAAGUAACACAACAAUGACGAUCAUGCCCAUGAGAUCCACCUACAUAACAGGAUCUAACAUCACACUGUCAUGCUCAGCUGACUCCAUUCCUCCAGCGAUGAUCCAGUGGAUGGUUGAUGGGAUGUAUCUAAAUCAGUCUGACCCACAGCUUCAACUACAGAUGGUUAAAGAGAGCAACUCGGGAAAUUACCAGUGCAUAUUUUACAACCCAGUCACGCUCCUGUUCAGCAGCAAAAGUGCAAUGAUCAAUAUUUUAGAGCCAAUAGUAGCAGUUGUGGUGAAUCACACAGGUGGACCAGUAAUACUUCAUGAGAGAUUAAUUCUGAAUUGUGAAGUGACUGGAGUUGUUGCCAGCAUUCAAUGGUGGAGAAAUGGUCAACGUAUUACUGCUGACAAUACAACACAAAUAAACAACAAGACACUGAUUAUCUUAUCAGUCCAACUAUCAGAUAAUGGAAAUUAUCAGUGUCAGGCUUUUAAUUCUGUGAGCAACAUGACCAGCAGCCCCUACACAGUUCAAGUAAACUAUGGACCAUGGAUGCCAAAUAUAAUGGGGCCAAAUAUGGCAAAGGCAGGAGACAAUGCCACAUUCAGCUGCUACGCAUCAUCAAACCCUACCAGCUCCUACAAAUGGUUCUUCAAUGAUUCUCUAGUGGCCAAUACGUCUCAGUAUGUCACACCUCUUCUUACCAAAGAAAUGAGUGGAAUGUACACCUGCAUGGCCUUCAACGACAUCACCGGCAAAAACAGCACUACCUACACGAUGCUCACUGUUUUGGCUCCAGUGACUAUGGCGUCAAUAAAAAUUGUCGGCGCUCAGCCAAUCCAGAACCACACUUUCACUUUAACAUGUGAGGCAUCUGGAGAUGUGGAUUUCAUUAUCUGGAUGUAUGGUUGGUCUCAACUGUAUGCUGACAACACAAGAAACUUCUCAAUGGACCAAGCCACCCUCACCUUUGCUCCUGUCAUGAACUCUGACAAUGGAAAUUAUCAGUGUAUAGCUUCCAACCCACUCAGCAGCUCAUCAAGCCAAAACUUUACGCUGGAGGUUUUUUAUGGACCGUGGAUGCCAACUAUAAUGGGGCCAAAUAUGGCAAAGGCAGGAGACAAUGCCACAUUCAGCUGCUACGCAUCAUCAAACCCUACAAGCUCCUACAAAUGGUUCUUCAAUGAUUCUCUAGUGGCCAAUACGUCUCAGUAUGUCACACCUCUUCUUACCAAAGAAAUGAGUGGAAUGUACACCUGCAUGGCCUUCAACGACAUCACCGGCAAAAACAGCACUACCUACACGAUGCUCACUGUUUUGGCUCCAGUGACUAUGGCCUCAAUAAAAAUUGUCGGCCCUCAGCCAAUCCAGAACCACACUUUCACUUUAACAUGUGAGGCAUCUGGAGAUGUGGAUUUCAUUAUCUGGAUGUAUGGUUGGUCUCAACUGUAUGCUGACAACACAAGAAACUUCUCAAUGGACCAAGCCACCCUCACCUUUGCUCCUGUCAUGAACUCUGACAAUGGAAAUUAUCAGUGUAUAGCUUCCAACCCACUCAGCAGCUCAUCAAGCCAAAACUUUACGCUGGAGGUUUUUUAUGGACCGUGGAUGCCAACUAUAAUGGGGCCAAAUAUGGCAAAGACAGGAGACAAUGCCACAUUCAGCUGCUACGCAUCAUCAAACCCUACCAGCUCCUACAAAUGGUUCUUCAAUGAUUCUCUAGUGGCCAAUACGUCUCAGUAUGUAAUACCUUUUCUUACCAAAGAAAUGAGUGGAACAUACACCUGCGUGGCCUUCAAUGACAUCACCGGCAAAAUCAGCACUGCCUACACGAUGCUCACUGUUUUUGAUCAUUUAAAACAUGUACACAUAGAAACACCUAUGACUCCUGCCAUAGCAGGUAAUUCUUAUAAUCUAAUUUGCAAUGUAAGUGGACCUGCUGGGGAUGUUUACUGGAUGAAAAAUGGUGAGCCACUCCAUGAAGACAACAGAACUGUUUUCUCAAUGGAUAAGAAGACAAUCACCUUCAACCCACUUGGACAACAUGAUACUGGGCUCUACCAGUGUAUGACUAUUAAUGCUGGUUGGAACAUGACCAGCACUCCUUACAUGCUCAUUGUGUACUUUGGACCACAAACACCCAUGAUUGAAGGGCCAGCUUUUGCUGAGACAGGACAUUACGCUGUUUUUCAGUGUUCUGCCAUGUCGAUGCCUCCCAGUCAAUUCACCUGGUGGUUCAAUGGUUCCCAGGUGUCCAAUACUUCAAUGUUUAAAACUGACCUUCUGUCUUUAAAUAUGAGUGGAGAAUACACCUGCAUGGCUUACAAUUAUAUGACAAAACAGAACAGCACAAACUCCAAGAUGCUCACAGUCAUUGAGCCAAUAGAGUCAGUGAUGAUCAGAAACAACACCGUUCCAAUAAACUCUAAAAACUUCACUCUCACUUGUGACGUUACUGGGCCCUAUAGCACAAUCUACUGGAUGAAGGACAACAUGACCCUCAACAUGGCAAACCUCACCAUGGCAAACCUCACCGCAACCCCUCACAUGUCCUACCACGCUCAAAACAACACACUGCACUUCACUCCAUUGACGAUGCACAGUGAUGGGACAUAUCAGUGUGUCGCUACCAAUCAGGCUGGUCCACAUAAAAGCCCCCGAUACAUGCUCCUGGUGAACUAUGGCCCUCUGAGUGUGAAUAUCUCUGGUCCAGGUUCAACUAAAGUUAACCUACAAGUGUCCUUGAAUUGCUCUGCUGAUUCUCGGCCAGCUUGUAACUUCCAGUGGUUCUUUAACAAUAACUCGAUGGCUCUCAAUACUGGCUCUGUUAUCACUUUCCUUGCAAACAAAGGGACUCAGGGAAGCUACAUGUGUAAGGCAACGAACCCUGUGACCAACAUCACAAUGUACCAGACCACAGCGUUUACUGUCACUGCUCCAUUAGCUCACGCCUCGGCCCUCCAUUUCCCAUCCCAAGGCGGUCUGAUGUUGAUGGGUCUGUUUGCUUUGUCUGUGCCUGUGCUGUUCAGCUAAGUCCUCCGCACUGAGAAAUCCAGUAAGACUGAAAGGGCUCUUGCUCCCUCUACAGUCUUAACAGUCUUACUGUACAAUUAAUGGGAAAGUAUAGUAAAUAAUCUGAUGCCAUGGUAUAAUUUCUUGUGGGUUUUUUUUGAAAGGAAAAUAAGAAUUUGGAAAUGUGACAGACUUUGAUUGACGUUACAGUUUGUUGUUAGAUAUUUCCUUUCGUCAGAUAUAUUUUAAUUAACGUACGUUAAUACAGAAUAGUAACAUUGACGCUGACAAUGAAAUGGUAAAUCAUCUUAUUAUUGCAUUUUUAUUGCCCGUUUGUUGUUAGCAAGUAAAAGUGGUUGUUGUUGUUUCUGCCAUUCAGGUAAUUUAUGCAUUAAUUAAUUGUAUUAAACUAACAAGUGUGUUCCCCUAAAACACCUUCAUACUCUUUUGGUACAAACUGCAAUUCUUCACUCUGAACACCUGGAAGCUUUCUACAUGUGUGAUAAUAUUAAAACUGUAAUUUAUUUCUUAAUCAAUAAAUAAUCAACCCAA